AAUUGUAUGGAGACGUCUAUAACAGCAAACAAAAAUGUCGUCGAAUUAUUAUACACAUUAAUCACAAGAGGCGAAACAGAAGAAGCGACCAGACUCAUGGCUUCGGAUUUAGAGUGGUGGUUCCACGGGCCACCAAGAAGGCAACAUAUGAUGAUGCUACUCACAGGACAAUCAGGAGCGCUCACAGGCUUUCGAUUCGAGCCCCAAAGGGUGGCAGAGGUCGGAGAGUGGGUGGUGGCGGAAGGGGAGGAGGAAGGAGCUUAUUGGGUGCACGUGUGGACGGUGAAAGACGGUGUGAUCACACAAUUUAGGGAGUACUUCAAUACAUGGCUCACAGUGAGGGAAGUGGGUCAAGUUGGACCGACCAAGAUGGACACACUUUGGCAGAGUGAACCUAGGUCUUAUUUGGGCAGGUCUCUUCCUUCUCUUGUAUUGGCUGUGUGAGUGUAUUUUGGUAUUUCAUGCUUUACACAUGAGAAGCAUGUGUUAAAACAUCUUUGUAAGAGAAAAACAAAAAAAACAAAAUUGUAUGAUAUUAUGAUAUUGAAUAAGUUGUAUAUUAAAAUACACCAAUGGGCAAAUGCCUUUUAGCCCAAUAAUACUGGCCUCAAUCUUAAAAAUA